AUGCCGAAGGGAGAAAAAACCGGUCUUGGCCGGGCUCUGGUGAAGCACCACAAUCAGAUGAUUCAGCAGUCGAAGGAAAAAGGGAAUUAUUACAGAAGCCAGCAAAAGAAGGUCCUAGAAUCGGUCACGGAGGUCAGCGACAUCGACGCUGUUAUCGAGCAGGCGGACGAGGCCCACCGCUUAUUCUCAAACCUAAACCCGCCUGCAAAUUUGCCUAUCAAUUUGGACUCUGCUUCCAACGCUAGUGAGAUGACGGCUGAGGAAAGAAGGGAGCAGCAGAAGAAAGAGGAGGCUUUGCAUGCCAGCAGUCUUCGUAUUCCUCGCAGACCGCCUUGGAAUUCCAAGAUGUCAGUAGAAGAGCUGGAUGAUAAUGAGAGACGGGCUUUUCUUGAGUGGCGCCGAAGCCUUGCGAGGCUUGAGGAGAAUGAGAAACUAGUUCUUACUCCAUUUGAGAAAAAUCUGGAUAUCUGGAGACAGCUCUGGAGAGUGCUUGAACGUAGUGAUUUGAUUGUGAUGGUUGUUGAUGCCAGGGACCCACUCUUCUACCGCUGCCCUGAUCUUGAGGCGUAUGCAAGGGAAAUCGACAAACACAAAAGGACAAUUCUCCUAGUCAAUAAGGCAGACCUUCUCCCUUACUCAGUUAGAGACCAAUGGGCCAAAUACUUUUGCCGCAACAAGAUUCUCUUCGUUUUCUGGUCGGCCAAGGCUGCAACCGCCAUAUUACAAGGGAAAAGCCUCUACCCAUCUCCCGACAGCCACCGGGAGGCAGCCAAUGCCGACACUAAAAUACACAACAGGGACGAGCUACUUGCACGCCUCCAAUCAGAAGCUGAGGAGAUAGCCUCCAUGCGUACCGAGUCUAAGCCCGAUAGCAUGAUGGGCCCACCCAGCUACGGCCCGGCCCAAAACGUGGUUGUCGGGUUCGUCGGGUAUCCAAACGUGGGCAAGAGCUCGACGAUCAACGCCUUAGUCGGCGAAAAGCGUACAGGCGUGACCUCGACUCCUGGAAAGACCAAACACUUUCAAACCCUAAUAAUAUCCGAAAAACUCACUCUGUGCGAUUGCCCCGGAUUGGUUUUCCCGUCUUUUACCAGCUCGAGGUACGAAAUGGUAGCGUCUGGGGUUUUGCCCAUUGACCGCAUGACUGAGCAUCGUGAGGCCGUGCAAGUCGUUGCAAACCGGGUCCCGAGGCCCGUUAUCGAGGCCGUGUACAAAAUCUCUUUGCCGAAGCCCAAACCGUACGAGGCCCAGAACCGGGCGCCUCUGGCAGUCGAGCUUCUGAGAGCAUAUUGUGCCUCUCGUGGAUAUGUGGCGUCUGCCGGGCUCCCAGAUGAGACGAGAGCAGCCCGUCAGAUUCUGAAGGAUUAUAUCGACGGAAAGCUGCAGCACUUUGAGCUGCCACCUGGUGUGUCGGGUGGUGAUGGUGAUGAUGACGAGGAUGAAGAUGAAUUGGAGUCGUCUGAUGGAGAUGAUUAUGAUGAUGGUGAAGAGGUUUCGGUUGGUGGGGGUGAUGGGCCGGAAUUGGAGCACGUGCUGAGUGAUUUGAACUCUUUCGAUAUUGAUAAUGGAUUAGCUUCUGUUGGGAUUGGCAGUGUUAGGGCAAAACCGUCACGUGCGCCUCAUAAGCAGCAUAAGAAGCCCCAGAGGAAGAAAGAUCGGUCGUGGAGGGUGAAAGGUUCGGAAGGUGAUGGGAUGCCGGUGGUUAGGGUUUUCCAGAAGCCGGUGAAUAAGGGCCCGUCGGGUGCUUGA